GGCGCCUCGGGACGCCGGAACCUUUGGUUCCAGCCCGCGCUGGCAGCGCCCGGGGCUUUCCCGAGAGGACUGGGCGCGUGGCGAUGGCGGCGGUGGUGUCCCCGGCUCUGAAGCACUGGCGCACUACGCUGGAGCGGGUGGAGAAGUUCGUGUCGCCGCUCUAUUUUACCGACUGUAAUCUCCGCGGCAGGCUCUUCGGGAACAGCUGCCCGGUGUCCGCGCUCUCCAGCUUCCUGACCCCGGAGAGGCUUCCCUACCAGGAGGCAGUCCAGCAGGACUUCCGCCCCGCGCAGGUCGGCGACAGCUUCGGACCCACAUGGUGGACCUGUUGGUUCCGGGUGGAGCUGACCAUCCCGGAGGCAUGGGUGGGUCAGGAAGUUCACCUUUGCUGGGAAAGUGAUGGAGAAAGCCUGGUGUGGCAUGAUGGGGAACCUGUACAGGGUUUGACCAAAGAGGGAGAGAAGACCAGCUAUGUCCUGACUGACAGGCUGGGGGCAGGAGACCCCCGGAGCCUGACCCUCUAUGUGGAAGUAGCCUGCAAUGGGCUCCUGGGGGCUGGCAAGGGCACCAUGAUCGCAGCCCCUGACCCAGGGAAGAUGUUCCAGGUGAGCCGGGCCGAGCUGGCCGUCUUCCACCGGGAUGUCCAUAAGCUCCUGGUGGACCUGGAGCUGCUGCUGGGCAUAGCCAAGGGCCUCGGGGAGGACAGCCAGCGCAGCUUCCAGGCGCUGUACACAGCCAACCAGAUCGUGAACGUGUGCGAUCCUACCCAGCCCCAGACCUUCCCGAUGGCCCAGGACCUGGCCUCCAGGUUCUUUGGCCAGCGUGGAGGUGAAAGCCAACAUACCAUCCAUGCCACAGGGCACUGCCACAUUGAUACAGCCUGGCUGUGGCCCUUCAAGGAGACUGUGCGGAAAUGUGCCCGGAGUUGGGUGACAGCCGUGCGGCUCAUGGAGCGGAACCCUGAGUUCAUCUUUGCCUGCUCUCAGGCGCAGCAGCUGGAGUGGGUGAAGACGCACUACCCUGGCCUACACGCCCGGCUCCAGGAGUUCGCCUGCCGCGGGCAGUUCGUGCCUGUGGGGGGCACCUGGGUGGAGAUGGAUGGGAACCUGCCCAGUGGAGAGGCCAUGGUGAGGCAGUUCCUCCAGGGCCAGAGAUUCUUCCUGCAGGAGUUUGGGAAGAUAUGUUCCGAGUUCUGGCUGCCGGACACAUUUGGCUACUCAGCUCAGCUCCCCCAGAUCAUGCGCGGCUGUGGCAUCAGGCACUUCCUGACCCAGAAACUGAGCUGGAACUUGGUGAACUCCUUCCCGCACCAUACCUUUUUCUGGGAGGGGCUGGAUGGCUCCCGUGUGCUGACCCACUUCCCACCCGGUGACUCAUACGGAAUGGAGGGCAGUGUGGAGGAGGUGCUGAAGACAGUGGCCAAAAACCGGGACAAAGGGCGGACCAACCACAGUGCCUUCCUCUUUGGCUUUGGGGAUGGGGGCGGUGGACCCACCCAGACCAUGGUGGACCGCUUGAAACGACUGUGCAAUACAGAUGGGCUGCCCAGGGUGCAGCUGUCUUCUCCUGGGCGACUCUUCUCGGCGCUGGAGAGUGACUCGGGGCAGCUGUGCACGUGGGUCGGGGAGCUCUUCCUGGAGCUGCAUAACGGCACCUACACCACCCACGCUCAGAUCAAGAAAGGGAACCGGGAGUGUGAGCGCGUCCUGCACGACGUGGAACUGCUCAGCAGCCUAGCCCUAGCCCGCAGUGUCCACUUCCUGUACCCGGCAGCCCAGCUGCAGGACCUCUGGAGGCUCCUGCUGCUGAACCAGUUCCAUGACGUGGUGACGGGAAGUUGCAUUCAGCUGGUAGCAGAGGAGGCCAUGUCACACUACCAAGACAUCCGUUCUCAUGGCAACACACUGCUCAGCACGGCAGCCGCAGCCCUAUGUGCUGGGGAGCCAGGUCCUGAGGGUCUCCUCAUUGUCAACACACUGCCCUGGAAACGCACUGAAGUGCUGGCCCUGCCCAGGCCUGGCGGGGCCCACAGCCUAGCCCUGGUGACAGUGCCCAGCAUGGGCUAUGCUCCUGCGCCUGCCCCCAACUCACUGCAGCCCCUCCUGCCCCAGCAGCCUGUGUUUGUCCUGCAAGAGACUGAUGGUUCUGUGACUCUGGACAAUGGCAUCAUCCGAGUGAGGUUGGAGCCCACCGGCCGCCUGACAUCCCUGCUGCUGGUGGCCUCUGGCAGGGAGGCCAUUGCUGAGGGUGCCUUGGGGAACCAGUUUGUGCUGUUUGAUGAUGUCCCCCUCUACUGGGACGCGUGGGACGUCAUGGACUACCACCUGGAGACACGGAAGCCAGUGCUGGGCCAGGCAGGGACCCUGGCAGUGGGCACUGAGGGCGGUGUGCGGGGCAGCGCCUGCUUCCUGCUGCAGAUCAGCCCCAACAGUCGGCUCAGCCAGGAGGUCGUCCUGGACGUGGGCUGCCCCUAUGUCCGCUUCCGCACGGAGGUGCACUGGCACGAGGCCCACAAGUUCCUGAAGGUGGAGUUCCCUGCUCGUGUGCGGAGCCCCCAGGCCACCUAUGAGGUCCAGUUCGGACACCUGCAGCGGCCCACCCACUACAACACGUCUUGGGACUGGGCACGAUACGAGGUGUGGGCGCACCGCUGGAUGGAUCUGUCAGAGCACGGCUUCGGGCUGGCCCUGCUCAACGACUGCAAGUACGGCGCCUCGGUGCGCGGCAGCGUCCUCAGCCUGUCGCUCUUGCGGGCGUCCAAGGCCCCCGACGCCACUGCCGACAUGGGGCGCCACGAGUUCACCUACGCGCUGAUGCCGCACGAGGGCUCCUUCCAGGACGCUGGCGUUAUCCGCGCGGCCUACAGCCUCAAUUUCCCACUGUUGGCGCUGCCCGCCCCGGGCCCGGCGCCCGCCACGGCCUGGAGUGCCUUCUCGGUGUCCUCGCCAGCGGUCGUGCUGGAGACCGUCAAGCAGGCUGAGACUAGUCCCCAGGGUCGCACGCUGGUCCUCAGGCUGUACGAGGCCCAUGGUAGCCACGUGGACUGCUGGCUGCACACAUCGCUGCCGGUUCAGGAGGCCGUCCUCUGCGACCUCCUGGAACAGCGCGACCCUGCUGGCCACUUGCCCCUUAGGGAGGCCAGCCUGAAGCUCACCUUUUCUCCCUUCCAAGUGCGAUCCCUAUUGCUCACACUGCAGCCCCCACUGAACUGAGUCCCUGAGGGUGGGGUUUGUUUGUGGAAGGCUCUCCUUUUUGCCUCCCCAGUCUGAAGCAAGGACGAGUUGCCUCUAGAACAAUAAAUCCUUG